UUAUCCUAAAAUCUCAAAAUCUCAAAAUUCUAAACUACACAUUCGAAAAAUAUGGAAACUUCUAUUGAGAACUUCUUUAACAAAAACUGUACUUUCCCAAGUGAUGUCAAAAGAAGGCUCAACACGAUAAAUAUUCUUGACGGAAAAUUAGAGAUCCUUCAGCAGAAGUACGAAAGGCUGAAAGCUCAAUUCGCAGUCAAUCCCUACAAUAAGGAAAUAUUUACCAGCAUAGAAGGAAUUUAUAAGCAAAUGAAAGCUAUACAACAGGAAAAAUAUGAUCAUUCAGUAACAGCCUUCAUGAUAUAUGAGCAAGCCUUAAGACAAACGGAUAAGUUUAUGAGUAAUCUCAACCCACGUCAGAUAACACCGAGAUCAGUGGCUAACUCUGCUGAUAAUCCUUAUGAGUACGAGAAUUUUAUGAUGCAGGAUCUGGAAGAAAAACCGAGUAAAACUAGGAGAUCGAGGUCUUUUACAAAGAAAGAACUUAAACAUCCCAGGUCAGAUAGUAACACUACAACUCCGCCAAAUUAUCCAGAGGUCAAGGAGGAGUUUAAAGAGCCUUAUCCAGUUAUGUCAAAGCCAGAAGAAAACCCUAUUUGCCCUUGAGGAGAAGUCAAAAAUGAUGACUGGACUGGCUGUGAGAGUGAAAUCUUUUUCCAAUCUACAGCUGAUCAUCGCAGUUAAUUCUUAAACCAUACAAGAAGCAAGGAAAUCUUAUCAUUAAUAACUUAGGUCAAGAAAUGGGUACUGGCUGAUACCAAACACCAAAUUUAAGCCAGUUA